UUAAAAAAUGGUGCAGCAUCCUCUGAUAAGAUUUUCUAAAUUAUGAGACAACGUUGGUGUGUUACCAAUUAUUGUAUAAAAUUCCUGUAUAUGUCACUUCUAAAUUAUCUUCAUUCUCUGUACUAAUUUAAAAUUGUUCACAUUCUGGCAGCAUCUGUAUUGAUUGAAAGCAAUCCUGGUAGCUAAUAUGACUCUUAUGAGGUAUCCUAACUCUGAGACCUAUAUUGGUUAUCGGGAUUGAUAGCUAAUACGGGACUAGGAUUCUAGGCUGGCGGGAUACCUCGUGUUCUGGACGAAUGAAAGAAUCCCGAUAUAGAUUAAAACCCGUUAAGUUGGCAUUCGAUUCUUACCGGUUUACCAAAACGACCGUGCCGUCGUCUCCUGUCGUCAUUUUGCACGGACUCUUGGGAUCGAAAAGUAAUUGGAGAUCGUUAUCCAAAGAAAUUGCUAGGGUUACUGGAACAAAGAUCUAUGCCGUCGAUGUACGAAAUCAUGGCGAAAGUCCACACAGCACCGAAUUUGAUUAUCGACAUAUGGCCGAAGACCUGAUACAUUUUCUAAAUGAAAUGAACAUUAAAAAAUCACUACUAGUUGGACACAGUAUGGGAGGAAGGAUUUCUAUGUUCGUCGCUUUAAGUAAGCCCGAACUUGUAGAAAGAUUAGUUGUCGUGGAUGUUUCGCCUAUAAAUGUACCUAGUGAUUUUCAUGCCGAAAUUUUCCAAUAUUUGCAAGCUAUGAAAUUGUCGUUAAAACAACUUCCCGAAGGAGUUUCGCUUUCUGAUGCAAGACAACUAAUUAAUAAUUAUCUUGUUCCGAUUGUACCGAAUAUUGCAACUCGACAGUUUUUACUAACAAAUUUAGUGGAAAUAAAUAAGGAAGUGAAGUGGCGUUGUAACUUAGAUGUCAUUUUGGACAAAUUUGUUACGGGAGUUAGCACUUUCCCACCAGUAAUGGCAAAAUUCGACAAGGAUACGUUAUUUAUUUGUGGUGAACGGUCUCCGUAUGUCUUAAAAGAAGAUCAUGAAAAAAUAAGAAGUAUAUUUCCCAAGGUAAAGUUCAGUUAUGUGGAGGGAGCCGGUCACUGGGUCCAUUCUGAAAAGCCAUCCGAAUUUUUAAAGUUGUUAAUUGAAUUUAUUCAAAAUAAAACAGACUGAAGUUUGUCAAGUUUAACAGCUUUAUUUAUGUAAUAAAUAAAGUUUAUUAAUAAAAUACAGUAAAAUUUUUAUAUUAAUAACUUUGAAUAGAA